AUGAUCUCCCAACUCCAGCGCCGGAGUAUGGUGGUCAAACGCCUCAAAGUGUUUCAGAUAGAGAGCAUUGUACGAGGAUACAUUACUGGGUCCGCUUGGAGCUCCUAUCAGGAGAAUGGCACGGUGUGCGGCAGAGGUCUUCCUCCAGGCCUGCAAGAGUCCGAGAAGCUGCAGCAACCCCUCUGGACUCCGUGUACGAAGGCCGAAGUCGGAGGAAAGGACGAGAACAUCAGUCCUGCGGAAGCGGCUCGAAUUGUGGGGCAAGCUUACGCAGAUCAAAUCGAACAGCUUUCGCUAGAGCUCUACAAAGAAGCCAACACUUACGCCGCUGAGCGAGCAGCCGCUUUUGGAGUGCUGAAAGAUUGGCUGGUGAAGAAUGGGAUGAAGGGCAAAGAAAUGGUGGAGAUGCCUGAUGACGUUGCGUUGAAGAGCAUCGACCGAUACAAAAGGGCGUAUCGAAGCAUCGUAGGUAAGGGAUGGGAUGCAGCUGAAGAGGCGGCCGCAUAG